AUGUCUAGAAAGACUGCGGACUACGAUAGACCUUAUCCCCAAGUGGGACUAGGCAAACUGAUAGCGGUUGGACUCACAGCUAGCUUUUUGGGAGUUGCUGUAUAUGUGAUUCUAGCGUUUACAGGAACAAGCUCUGACGAAAAGAUCUCAAACUCGGAAGUAACUGGAUUGACGUUGGCGAGACUUAUCGGCAGAUCGGAGAAGGGGAAACUCAACUUGGUUAUGCAUUUUGGGCAGGAUGCAUUGCUUGGUGUUGUGAGAGCCUUCAUGGCUGCUCACGGGAUGAGAGGACCAUUCGUGGACUUCAUCCUAAUUGGAUUGAGGUUAUCGGUAGAUCACGCAUUGGAAAAUUAUGUUGAUUCAAGGGCGUUACCAUGGACGUGGCCUGUCUCGAAGCAGGUCAUAGGUAUACUGCACAAGGGAGUAUUUGCAUUUGCAACGGGAUAUAUAUGCGAUGUAUGGCUACAGUGA